CCAAUUUCCGGUGACAGGCUGUAGCGUCAGAGCCACGGCAGUAGACCUUCAGUCCACCCGUGUUGUUAUUACAACGCCUUCAUUCCAUCACGGAAGCACACAAGAGUCAACGAAACAGCCUUCAACCCCAAUGGAAGUGUUGGUUCCGUCGUCCAUGAUAGCACUGAACGUCUGUUGCUGUUGGAAGUGAGCGUGGGGAUUAAAGGAGAGCCGCCGCCCCCAGCAGUGCGUGGGGCUGACUGGCGUCCACAAGCAAGAUUCUGACCGAACGGCCGGAUAAAGUUGACCUAACAAAUUUGCUGGAGGAUUCCAGGAGAAAGACAUUUAUAAAAUGCCUGUGGCAACAUCUUGUUCUGACUCUGCCAUGCAUCAGGCCUUUGACACGCUGAGUGACAGCAUCAGCUCCACCACUGCCAAUGACCUGGAUCUCAUCUUCCUCAAAGGCAUCAUGGAGAGCCCCAUGGCUCAUGAGCGCUUUGAAGAGCCCAAGCUUGAGGCAGUGAGGGAGAACAACGUGGAGCUGGUCCAGGACAUCCUCAAGGAGCUCAGUCCACUGGCACACAGGAGCCACACAGCCGACGAGCUGCUCCGCAUCUUGAAAGAGCCCCAUUUUCAGUCUCUCCUGGAGACCCAUGACUCUGUAGCUUCUAAAAACUAUGAGACUCCACCUCCAAGCCCCUGUGCCUUCAUGGAUGCAGCCCUCAACAACCAACCUGUCCCACCUGACGCCGUCAGGAUGGUGGGCAUCCGAAAGGUGUCUGGUGAGCACCUGGGAGUAACGUUUCGAGUGGAGAGUGGCGAGUUGGUGAUUGCCAGAAUCCUCCAUGGAGGCAUGAUUGACCAGCAAGGUUUGCUCCAUGUGGGGGACAUCAUUAAGGAGGUGAAUGGCAAGGAGGUGGGGAACGACCCCAAAGUGCUGCAGGAGAUGCUGAAGCAGGCGAGUGGAAGCGUGGUGCUGAAGAUCCUGCCCAGCUAUCAGGAGCCACACACACCCAGACAGGCAUUUGUUAAGUGUCACUUUGACUAUGACCCAUCCCACGAUAACCUGAUUCCCUGUAAAGAAGCAGGACUUGGCUUCUGCAGUGGCGACAUUCUGCAAAUAUUCAACCAGGAAGACCUCAACUGGUGGCAGGCCUGCCACAUCCAGGGAGGUAGUGCAGGUUUAAUUCCAAGUCAGCUCCUUGAGGAGAAGAGGAAAGCCUUUGUGAAAAGAGAUCUAGAGUUUGUUACCACAGGUCCUCUGUGUGCUGGGAUGGGUGGCAAGAAGAAGAAAAAGAUGAUGUAUUUAACCACAAAGAAUGCAGAAUUUGAUCGUCACGAGUUGCGAAUCUAUGAAGAGGUUGCCAAGGUGCCGCCGUUCAGGAGGAAGACGUUGGUCCUGAUCGGUGCCCAGGGCGUUGGCCGUCGCAGUCUAAAGAACAAGCUGCUGGUGUUGGAUCCCCAGCGUUAUGGCACCACCAUCCCUUUCACCUCCAGGAAACCAAAGGUAGACGAGAAGGACGGUCAGAUGUACUCCUUCAUGAUACGUGGCGAGAUGGAGUGUGACAUCAAAAACGGCCGUUUCUUGGAACACGGCGAGUAUGACGGGAACUUGUAUGGUACGAAAAUCAACUCCAUACAAGAGGUGACAGAAACAGGGAAGAUUUGCAUCCUGGAUGUCAACCCCCAGGCUCUCAAAGUCCUGCGGACGUCAGAGUUCUUGCCCUACGUUGUUUUCAUUGAGGCGCCUGAUUUUGAGGUCCUCAAAGCCAUGAACAGAUCAGCAAUCGAGUCUGGAGUGGUCACUAAACAGUUAACGGACUCCGAGCUCAAGAGGACGGUGGAUGAGAGCGAGCGCAUUAAGAGGGCCUACGGACAUUAUUUUGACCUCUGCAUCGUAAACGAUGGUCUAGAAGCAACCUUCCGAAAUCUACGGGCUGCCAUGGAAAAACUGUUUAACGAGCAACAGUGGGUGCCUGUCAACUGGGUGUUUUGAAGAAUGGCGGACGAUUUAACCCCCACGGCGCCGUCCAAGUGGGUGUUUUUGAACUUGGUGUUGUAUUUAAUUUGUAAUACUUCUGUUGAUUUUGGAACUGUUCUAGAGCUAAUGGGGUUUAGUGCAAUGGUGAGAGUGGGUGUGUUGUUAUUAUGUACAUGGAACUAGAUAUAGAAUAGGGAUGGGCACAAAAAGCAAACCAUUGGUCAGUUGUGAGGAUUUUAUUGUCUAAGCCAGUGGUCCCCAACCACUGGGCUCGAUUGGUACAGCAGAAGAAUUUUUUAUUAUUUUUUAAAAUAUUAUAUAUAUAUUUUUUUAAUUAAAUCAACAUAAAAAACACAAGAUACACUUACAAUUAGUGAAGAUACACUUACAAUUAGUGCACCAAGCCAAAAAACUUCCCCUUUUCAUGACAUAAAGUGGUCCAAUUCCCUCACCCCACCCCCGCCGCCGGGCUGCGCAAAAAAUUAUCAAGCUACAAAAGGGUUGGGGACCACUGGUCUAAGCAAUUGAGGCAAAGUGGAAUGCACUACUUAACCACUAGAGGCGCUGUUGAUUCAGUUUACUGUUCUAAAAUAGAUUUUGUUUAAUCCUUUAAGCUGGGGUACUUGAAUCUUGUGUCAUCAGGCAGAAUUCUAACUGUAAAUCCCGCCCCCAAUUCUGCGCAAACUUUUUGAUAGUCCCUCCUAGUCUCAUCCUCUCUGGAAGUGUACGAAGUCGCGCAUGAGAGCUGUAGGUGCACACACAUAGCUUGUUGACAGUCUUAAGUUGCACAGAAAGAUGUCCUAGUUCCUAUUUUGGUGCAGACUAUCUGUAACACAUAUCGCCAUGCAAAAAUAUACACCAAAUGUAGGAAAAUGGAACAAUUGGUUACCUGUAUAGAAGGUACUAUCUUGAAUACACUGGAGCAAUAUAUAUCUGUUUGGCUUGUCUUAAAUUUUUUUUUAGAUCUUCAGUGUCUUUCUUUUCUUACUCGGAUUUCCUUUUUGUUUUGUUAUCAUCAGUAUAUGCUGUAACAGCAAGCGCAGGUAUUACAGUCUUUCCAGGUGGAUGUUCGGCAGCCAUGCUUUACUGCAAACAAGCUUGCUUCACUACAUAACACAUCAGCCAAAGAGGAGGCUCCUUUGUGGGCUCUGCUCACCCCUCCUUUCUCUAAAUCCCGUCGUUGGAUCCGAAGGAAUUACUGUAACAAGUAUGAUGCUAAUGUGAUUUAUUUUUUUAAGUAAAGUAAUAUAACUUUGAGGGCAGCACGGUGGAAGAGGGGUUAGUGCGUCUGCCUCAGAAUACGAAAGUCCCGAGUAGUCCUGGGUUCAAUCCCGGGCUUGGGAUCUUUCUGUGUGGAGUUUGCAUGUUCUCCCCGUGACUGUGUGGGUUCCCUCCAGGUACUCCGGCUACCUCCCACCUCCAAAGACAUGCACCUGGCUUUAGUGUGUGAAUGUGAGUGUGAAUGUUAUCUGUCUAUCUGUGUUGGCCCUAUGAUGAGAUGGCGAUUUGUCCAGGGUGAACACCGCCUUCUGACCGAUUGUAGCUGAGAUAGGCACCAGCACCCCCCGUGACCAAAGGGAUUAAGCAGUAGAAAAUGGAUAGAUGGAAUAUAACUUUGGUACCCCAGCUUUAAGGCUUCUUAAAAGAAAAUUUAAAAUGUGUACCUUUAGGCACAAAAUUGGAAGAUAAAAACCUUACUUUUCACUUUUGCCACAUAAGAUCUUUUCACCAGACCUAACUGUCAACUUCCCGUUUUGGCCGGAUAAUCACAUUAUUUGUAUUACUUUCUCCCGGCCACCUUUUCUCCCCCAGAUUUUUGUCAGCAUAAAAAAUGGAAUGCUCAGCAAUACUGCUGCUACCACAGCAGGUCCACUCGGAUCAAACCUUGGCACUUCACAAGGUGGGAUGGUGACAGCCGCACGGCGAGUUACAUCUCACGUGAUUCAAUAAAAUCAACAUGAGAGAGAUGGAUGGACAUCUCUGACAAAAAACCAAACUUUGAGUAAAUACUUUGACAAAUAAAUCAUAGGAAACUAUUAUCUUUUUCUAAAGAAGAGCAGGCAGCUGCUCACACUUCAUGCUUUCUGUAACAUUGAAGGAGAAAAGACAUGAGACAAAUAUAUUUCAAAUGUAAGUGCUAGAUUUGUUUUUAUUUUCAUUUAUGUAAAAUUACAUGGUUUCUUUGUCAGAAGCCUCGUAUACCGUCGGACCAAAUUGUUUGUCAAUGUUCAGUGACACUAUUGUGAUACAAGGGACAAGGAUUCACAACCCCUACCAGGCAUUAAGGGCCUGAUUUAAUGCGCUUUAAAUGAAUGCAAAUUCAAGUUUGCACAUGCUAAAGCACGUGAAAACUUGAUUGCACAUUUCAUACAUUCGCAUUGCGUGUGCUAAGAGGAUUGCGUCUGUUCAAUGAGCAGAUAAAGAUGUGCAAUCCAUUUUGCAUCUCUGUCUUCAUUAAUAUGCAAAAUAUAUGUUGAUCAAAACACCUACAAUAUUGGGAGGAGAAAAUGCAUAUUAUAUUAUAUUAUACAGUACGCGCAAUGUCUUAUCAACACUCAUCACUGUUUUGGGAGCACUAUUUAGCUCGUUUGAAAAGGAGGUGCAAACUGAUAGUUUCACACAAAGCUGUGAGAGGAGUGUUGGCACUGCAAGGACACAGAGAAUUCCUCAUCCUGCGUGUAAAUUUCAACAUAUUUAAACAUUCCUCAAUAAAAAAAAGACAUCUAUUCAGCAACAUCAUUUUAUAUUUUCAUAGCUGCUAGAUGACCUUAGUGGCUGAUAAAAUUAAAAUCAGUAGAUGCGUGUUUUUUAAGAAGUAUUUUUCACAUUAUUAGUGCAGCCUCCGUCACAAAAAUGGGUAUCUAUGGAGACACAACACGCCCACUCGUUACAUGCUAUUUUAUACAUUGCACACGUUUAGUCUGAGGUAUUUGGAUCUUAGUAAAUCAAGCCCUAUGUAUUUAUUUUAUUGAAUUAACAGUUAUUUUGAUGAAAAUCCCAUACUUUUACCAAUUUUCUUAUUGCAAAUGUUGACAGGUAUAUUUCUUGCUUCCCAUUGUAAUAAGUAAUGUGUAAAUAUAGUCAAAUGCCCAUCCAUACUGUCAAGUAGUAUUUUAGAUAGAAAGUUCUCUAUAAAAAUUUUAGCCUUCCAAAUCUUAGAUACUUUACGUAGUGUAAUGUUUACAUUGGAUUGGUAUGAAAGAGGCUGGCAGAUAUAUACAGUACAAGGGAUGUGACAUUUGUAAUGAAUUGUACCUGUAGAUCAUACAUUGUACGCAUUGAGAAAUGUGCUUUUCCUGUGUUACAACGCUGGUCUGGAACAUGAACAGCAAUAGAAACAUUUGGAACAACCAUGCUACCUAUACUUUGAUCUAUACUCUUUUUACAUUGAUUGUAUUUGUGGCACUGACAAUUUGCAAACCCACUAAUCGUAGAAGAAAAGUAUCCUGCAGUAGACGACAAACGAAUACUACUAACACGACCAACAUUUCUUCAUGUCAGUUAUUUGUGAUGUGCAAACUCAUUAUUCCUACUUUUGCCUUAAUGUGGUUUAACAAGCCAAGGAAACACAAUCAUGAAACAUUUAAAAACCAUCACUUCCUGUUCCAAACAACCUGGCAACCUAUACAUGUUUUACCUUCAAGCUGUAAGUGUAUUGUAAUAAAGACUAUAUACUAUCACUAAAAGACAUGUUGUUGGUGUGCAGGACAACAAGAUGCAUUGAAAAAGUUCUCUUGAAAACGCACCGUGUUGUUGUUUUUAGCUGAAAGAUGCCCGGUGGUGCCUCCGCUGGGGGGGUGGGUGCACAUGGGUGCUGGUGGAAGGGGUCAUCCAGUAAUGAGGGGCCAAAGGGAGUGUUAUUGGGUACAUCUCAUAGGCGGGCGGCGGGCCCCCCGGCCAGACACUUGUCAGUUUGGGGUCAAACUAAAAGAAAUUAUGUCUUUGUCACUUUACAUUUCAAUGACAUGGAAUACAAGAGCUACGUUUUAACUUGGAGAACUUAUGUAACAUAUUUGUUACUAGUGAUGGGUCUAACUAUACUGGAGCAUCAUGAAACACAGUUACUGUGUCCCUUGAUGCCUCCGUGUGUGUGCCAUUUUAAGAACAAAUCAUGUGACUGAUACACAACUGCUGUGUCGUUUGACUGUGAAGCACCAAACUGCGUUUAUCAGGAAGUCAGAAGAGUCGUGUUUGACAUCGCUUUUUGUCUCCAUCAUCGAUCUAAAUGCAACUAAGAAAAA